CCACACCACAGCACCACUACCAACAAUGGCUCUUCUCCCAUCACUCCGCUUCCGCUAUCGCCUCUUCGCUCAGUCCUACUCCUUGAGAUCAACACAACCAGCCAUAGCUGCUUUGCUCUCAGUCUCACUCUCACGCUCCACAACUCCCAAAACCCUCUCUCUCCUCCUCUCAACUCUCUCCCACAAAGCCCCAGUAAAACCCCAUGCCACCCCCAAAGAGCCCACGCUGGUUCUGGGCAAAGACGAGCGCUUGGUGGGCGCAGGCGGUGCCCAGCCGGUCGAGAAUACGAGCCUUACCAUUGCGGCCAUUGUGACUUCGCUGGGUGGUCCGCCUGCUGCCGUCGGGAUCGUACGGCUGUCGGGUCCCUCUGCGGUGGCUAUCGCCGGCCGCGUGUUCCGUCCGGCGAGGUCAAAGAAGAGGAAGAGCCUUAAUGGCGGCACGUAUUCGUGGCGGCCCGCCAGCCAUGUCGUCGAGUACGGCGUCGUUUCGGACCCUCAUGGGAAUGUGGUCGACGAGGUUUUGGCAGUACCAAUGUUGGCCCCAAGAUCUUACACUCGUGAAGACGUGGUUGAACUUCAAUGUCAUGGGAGCGAAGUGUGUCUGAAUCGUGUGUUGAGAGCUUGUCUAGAAGCUGGAGCUAGGCUUGCAGAGCCAGGAGAAUUUACUCUCCGGGCCUUCCUAAAUGGCCGCUUAGACCUCUCCCAAGCAGAAAAUGUUGGAAAGCUGAUUUCAGCCAAGUCUGUGGCUGCUGCAGAUGCAGCACUAGCAGGAAUUCAGGGAGGCUUCUCUUCACUUGUGAAAUCACUAAGAACACAGUGCAUCGAGCUGCUUACUGAAAUUGAAGCUCGCUUAGAUUUCGAUGAUGAGAUGCCACCACUAGAUCUGAACCUAAUUAUGGCUAAAAUACAUGCCAUGUCACAGGAUGUUGAGAAUGCACUGGAGACGGCCAAUUAUGACAAGCUUCUGCAAUCUGGAUUACAGAUAGCAAUUGUUGGACGCCCAAAUGUUGGGAAAUCAAGCCUUCUUAAUGCAUGGAGCAAAAGUGAGAGAGCAAUAGUUACAGAAAUUGCUGGAACCACUCGGGAUGUGGUUGAAGCAAGUGUUGCUGUUCGUGGUAUUCCUGUGACCCUUCUUGACACAGCAGGCAUUAGGGAGACUGAUGACAUUGUGGAGAAGAUAGGUGUGGAGAGAUCUGAAGCAGUUGCUAUGGGUGCUGAUGUAAUUAUCAUGACAGCAAGUGCUCUUGAUGGUUGGACUUCAGAAGACACCAAACUUCUUGAUAGGAUUCAAUCUAAUAAGAAAUCAAUUGGAUCUUCCUCCCCAAUGAUUCUUGUAAUUAAUAAAAUAGACUCUACUCCUUCUGCUCGAACCAAAUGGAUUGAUAGGGAUUGCAAUUCUUUCAGUAAGCGUGUUUUUACAUGUGCUAUUACCGGCGAAGGAAUACAUGAUUUGGAGUCUGCAAUAUUAGAAAUUGUGGGUCUCAACGAGAUUCCUGCAGGGGGACGCAGAUGGUCUGUGAACCAGAGGCAAUGCGAGCAGCUUGCUUGGACCAAGGAAGCUCUUUCGAGGCUGAAGUCAUCAAUAGAGGAGGAACUGCCUCUUGACUUUUGGACGAUUGAUUUGAGAGAUGCUGCAUUGGCCCUUGGGCAGAUUAGUGGAGAAGACAUCUCUGAAGAGGUUUUGUCCAACAUAUUUGGCAAGUUCUGUAUUGGUAAAUAGAUAGUGGAUGUGUAUUUUAUGCAAUCCCCUGCCCAAAGAGGAGUGGUAUUGGAACUUGCAGAAAUUUUGGGAAAGAGCACUCUCUUUGGACCUCAUAAAAAAAAUAAACA